GGUGUGUCCCCUGCAGCCUGUUUCACCGGCCAUCCUGUAUUCCAGGAGGUCGGCGUCUUCAGUGUGGGCACCCGGCUUUGCAGCUUGCGGUUUCACAGCCGGGUACCCACUGACCGUGCGCAAGUAGCGCUGCGCUUCAUGAAUGGUCCUGUAGUCUUCUGGGACCUGUCACGUGUCCCAAAAGACUACAGGGAGGGAGGACACCUUCCGAUCGGACCACCGGAAGUGGGAGCGGGUACCUGUCAAAUUCGGGUACCCGCUCCCCCCCGCCCCCCAAAGGUGCCAAUCCUUAAUGGGGAGCAGGGGACCAGUCUUUAGAGCGGAACUUCCCUUUUGGGUGGAGCUCCCCUUUAAGGUCACCAUACACAU